CUGAGCCGCUGGGGGGGCAGCGGGGCAACGUGCUGGCUGCUGCUGCCCCAGGCAGCGUGGGCAGAUGCUGGGUGUGCGUGCGAGGGGAGCUGCCCGUGGGCAUCACCGGCGAUGGGCACGCGUCGGAGCACACUGAGCCCCACGCCAGCUGCUCAGCGGUGACACCAGAGGGCGGUGGCAGCCCCCGUGGGGACACAAAUCCUGCUGCCACACAGUGCUCGGGCAGCGGUGGCGGGGAGGCUGAGGAAGGGGUGAGCUGGGGGGACGCCGGCACGCACCGCUUUGCUGCCCAGGUGCAUUUCCUUCCCAGCUGCCCCUGUCCUAAUUAUUCACUCAUCCCUAAUUACUCGCUCCUCCCAGCACCCUGAGGCCACUGGUGCUGGUGCUGUGAAUUAAUCCAUCUCUGAGCUUCCCUGACUGCCCGAUCGGGGAGCAGGAGGUGGCCCCGUGGCCCUGCCCACCCCUUCCCCGUGCCCACUGCAGGAUGCUCACACCAGCCCCUUCCUCCUGCCCCUUUCUUUCCCACCCGAUUUCUUCCCGGGCUCUGGCUGCCAGCCCCAUCCCUUCCCAUUUGUGAAGGGUUUUGCCGCCUGUGAAGCAGCUCUUCCACGCGCUGGGGCUCCACGGGGACGGGGUGUUGGGGUCCCCUCUCCACGGGCUUUGCCUCUGCAUCACCGGGAUGCUCCAGCUCGGGACAGAGCCUGGCUGCUGCCCCCGGGGAUUGGCUCCAGCACUGGCACAAGGCUGUGGCAGCAGCGGGGGCCCCGGGCCCUGCUCCCCCCCGCACCGGCGGCAGCAGCAGCCGGAGGCAGUGGCGCUGCGGCAGGGAGUCCCGGUGCUGGCGGCCGUGCGGGAUCCCCAGCAGCUGGGGCAUGGUGUGGCAGUAUUUCCUCGCUCUGCUCGAGGAGUAAUUGCUCAGAUGGGGACUUGGGGCAACUCCCAUCCCUCUCCCGGCAUGGUAAUGAGUCAAGAAGACUCAAAGACAAAUGGCUCAUUAAGAAGCAGUGCUGCAUUGCAGGAUUUUUCAUCCCACCAACCGCUGCAUCAGCAGAGGCAGUACCUCUCGCGCGCUCGCUCUCCCCAGCUCUGGGAGAAGGAGCUGUCAGGCAGCCGGUGCCGGUGCCAAAAUUAAUCAUGUGCUUAAUAAACUACUCCCAUCAAACAACCUGUCCUCGGAGUCCCCUCGUGCGGAGCGGGGCAGAUGGGAAGAGCGACGCUCAGUGCCCUUCCCCGGGGACAGCGGGGUCUUGCAGUCCCCAGCUGGGGUCACCCCAGCAGUGCUGAGCCCUGCUGGGUCCUGCUCGUGGCCCUGCACGGGGCCAGAGCAGCUCCUGCGAUUAAUGGCAUCAGUGAAGGGGAAUAAUUCAGGCUCUGCUGCCUGCAGCUGGGCUGGGGCUGCACGAAGGCAGCGGGAGCUGGCUCAGGGUGUCCGGCCGUGGUGCUCUCAGCCCUGCUGCCCUGGCCCCUCUCAGCAUGCUCGGUGACUCUCUCACAUUUGGAAUUUUUCAGCUGGCAUUUGUCCUUCAUGACUUUUUAAAAAAUAUCCUCAUCCCUUAUUUAUUCUAAGCUGUAUCUGCUUGGUUUCUGCCCCUUGUUUCUGCUUGGUUUCUUCCCAGGCAGGGCCCGUCUCAGCCCUCUAUUUCUGUUUCGUUGCCCGUAACUGCCUUUGAUUUCCUGAGCACACCGAGCACGCUGGCUGUGAUCUUCGCAUCCUGCUCGCUUGGUGUCCCAGUUUGCCUUCUCCUGGGGCUCCUUCGGCUGCCUGUCCGAGGGCCUGGCGGGGCAGCACGUGGGCUGGGUCCCGUCCCUCUGUGCUAGCGCUGCUGGAAGCAGAGGGCUGUGCGCUGCUCCGCGCCCUGCUCAGGGCGAAGCCGCCUUUGUUCUCCCUGAAUUCUCUGCUCCCGGCUGAGCUCGGUGCCGCGGCGUUCGGCUGCUCCGGAGCUCCUGACCUACCUUCCCCGCUCACGGCUGUGCUCCAUCCGUGCCUGCUGCAUCAUAAAUAUUGCACGGGAACGCGCGCUCGGAGCGCUGCCGCUGGCACGGUGCUGGGCACGGCACCCACGGCAUCCUCUGCGCAAACGGGGCUGAGGCUGGGCUCAUGGGGGGCCAGGGGGUCCUGGGGAGAGGGACCCCGGGAGGGGUCAGGAUGGGGGGGCAGCAGCAGGGAUCACUUUGGGAAGGGGAUGAUCCCGUAGCUGCCUCCAGGGGAGCAUGGUGCUUCCGCUGAUCCUCCCCGUGGCUUUGGGGAGGUUCCCCCAGACCCUGGUGGGCUCCAUCCAGCGAGCUCACAGCCAAACUGGGGGCUGCCCUCACCCUUCCCUGUAAAGUAAUUACUUACGGGAAUGACAAAGUUCAGACUAAUUACACUAUCUCUUUCCUGCCUGACACAACUAAUGAAAUAUCCAUGAGCUGCUUUCAGCUAAUUCAACUUUUAAGAAAAUAAUUACUCGACGCAGAAUUAUGUACUAAAUUAGGUGAUUCCUUUACUAAGCACCCUUUUUUUUCAGGCUGAGUAAAUUUUACUAAUACAGCCUAAUAAUAUAACAGAGUAAUUAGUAAUAAAAUAAAAUGUUUGCUCUCUACAAUCCUUCUCGCUUACAACUAGUUGGGAAAAAGUAAAUAGAUUAAAAGCACGGUGGAACCGACCUGGCGGUAUUCCGUAUUUAUUUUCAUCCAGCGACUGUAGAUCAAAUUUGCUCAGCUCCUAAGUGGGAAGACCAUAGUUUUUUGUUUUUUUUUUUCAGACUCCAGCUCGCACGCGGUGCCGGGAGCUCUAGCUGCGUGUUUGUUCUCUCUUGCUUUCAUCACGAGCCAUAAAGAUCCCCAGCAGGAACCGCGCUGCCAAACUUGUCGCUAAUUUGCAAAGCAGAAUGGACCGGGCUCGCGCCAUCCUCGCCAGGCGAGCGGCUGUAAAAAAUCACUUUGCUCGCGCUGGAAAGCCGAGGUGGCAGGAGGAGCCUUUGUGGAGCAUAUGGCCGGAUCCAGAGCAAAUCAAAGUCAACGGCGAGGCAGCCGCUGGGCCGGCUCCGGCGCCCGCUGGCAGGGAAUUGCAUAAGAGGAUGUGGCUGGGGAUGGUUUUGGGGCGUAGCCGGGCAAAACACGUGCGGGGUUGCGCUGGCCAUGGGACUGCCUCGGUCAGAGGAGGGAAGGAGGCACUGCUAAAAAUCCCUGAGGAUUUGGGUCAGGCUCUUUUUUGGGGGGGACAACCGCUCUCGCUCUUCCUCCCUGUGCUUCAUCUCCCUGCAGACCUUGGUGCCCCCGGGACACGCUGCGUGGAGGAGCCAGCGGCCGGGCCAUGAGGACAGCAUCCCCCUGAGCGCCGGGCGGUGAGCCCGCAGGGAAAACCCUGCAGGAUGCCGAGGCUACGGGGCGGGUGCUGACACCAUGAAGGGCUACCAUGGGGAGCGUAGCCAGGCACAGCACUCCUCCGGCCACCGCUGCCGCUGCAUCCCAGAGGACUGCGAGCAUCCCGCGGACUACGUCGCGCACGGCCCCGAGGGCCGGCAGCCGUACCUCCUCAGCCCCAGCGAGCCGUGUUCCCUGGAGCAUCCCUUCUGCCCGGCGCGGAGCCCCGGCGCGGCCGGCGAGUGCCCGGGUGGUGCCCUGAGCGAGCCGCCCUCCGGCAGCGCCAGCAGCACCUUCCCGAGGAUGCACCACGCGCAGCAGCAGCCCUACGACUCCUGCGACGAAUGCAUGGCGACCGCCCACCCCGCCAGCAAGAUCAACCGCCUGCCGCCGACGCUGCUGGACCAGUUCGAGAAGCAGCUGCCGCUGCACCACGACGGCUUCCACACGCUGCAGUACCCGCGGGCCGGCGGCGCCGAGCCGCGCAGCGAGAGCCCCAGCCGCAUCCGCCACCUCGUCCACUCCGUCCAGAAGCUCUUCGCCAAGUCGCACUCCCUGGAGGCGCCGGCCAAGCGGGACUACAACGGCACCAAGAUGGACGGCCGCGGGGACGGCUACCACCACCACCACCACCACCACCACCACCACCACCACCACCACCAGUCCCGCCACGGCAAGCGCAGCAAGAGCAAGGACCGCAAGGUGGACUCCCGGCACCGGUCCAAGAUGAUGGGCUGGUGGAGCUCCGACGACAACCUGGACAGCGACAGCAGCUACAUGGUGUCCGGCCGGCACGCCGUGGACCAGGGCACCCAGUACUGUGUGGACGCUCCCGAAAGUGCCUUCAGAGACUUGACCUUGAAGAGUCUAAAGAGCGGUGGGGAAGGAAAAUGCCUGGCCUGUGCCGGCAUGUCCAUGUCUCUGGAUGGCCAGACACUCAAGAGGAGUGCCUGGCACACCAUGACUGUCAGCCAAGCCCGCGAAGCCUACCCCAGCGCCGGCGGCACAGAGAAAACCUUGAUGCUUCAGGAGGCAAAGGCCAAAGACAGAGCCUACCAGUACCUGCAGGUGCCGCAGGAUGAGUGGAGCGGGUACCCGGCGGUGGGCAAGGACGGGGAGAUCCCCUGCCGGCGGAUGCGCAGCGGCAGCUACAUCAAGGCCAUGGGCGACGAGGACAGCGCCGACUCGGACGCCAGCGCCAAAAUAUCGCCCCGGGCGGCCACGCGGCGGGACAGCUACCGCCGCUCCUCCAGCGCCGACCAGGCCAGGAGCAAGUUUGCAAGUAGGCACUAUUCUGAUUCAUAUAUCUGUAACUGUCCCAGCUGCGGCACACCACCUCGAAUGCUCCCUCGGGGACAGGGCUACGGGCGCUCCUUCACCACCGGCCAGAUCAACGACGAGCUCAACCACCAGUUCGAGGCCGUGUGCGAGUCCGUUUUCGGCGAGGUGGAGUCGCAGGCGGUGGAGGCGCUGGAUCUGCCCGGCUGCUUCCGCAUGCGGAGCCACAGCUACCUGCGGGCCAUCCAGGCGGGCUGCUCCCAGGACGACGACUGCCUCUCGCUCUUCUCCAUGUCGGCCCCCCCGGGGCCGCCCAUCACCAGCAGUAUCCUGAAGCCCAGCACCUCUUUCAGUUACAGAAAAGCUCCACCUCCCAUCCCUCCAGGAACCAAAGCCAAGCCCCUCAUCUCCGUCACGGCGCAGAGCAGCACCGAGUCUGCCCACGAGAGCUACCUGCCCGGCGAGGUCGCCCGCAGCCCCGCCUGGUCCAAAGACGCCGCGGCCCGCUGCAACUCGGCCGAGAGCCUGGAGAGCUCCAAGGUGACGGCCGUGUCCCUCGACCUGCCGCCCGUCCAGCCCCGCGCCGCCCCCAAGCCCUCCACGCUCAUCAUCAAGGCCAUCCCCGGCCGGGAGGAGCUGCGGAGCUUGGCUCGGCAGAGGAAGUGGCGUCCUUCCAUCGGCGUCCAGGUUGAGGCCAUCUCCGACUCGGACACGGAGAGCCGGAGCCAGAGGGAGUUCCACUCCAUCGGGGUGCAGGUGGAGGAAGACAAAAGGCGAGCUCGCUUCAAGCGCUCCAACAGCGUGACGGCGGGUGUGCAGGCGGACCUGGAGCUGGAGGGCUUCGCCGGCCUGGCUGUGGCCACCGAGGACAAAGCCCUGCAGUUCGGGCGCCCCUUCCAGCGGCACUCCUCGGAGCCCGAGUCCGGCCGGCAGUAUGCCGUGUACAAGACGGUGCACACGCAAGGCCAGUGGGCGUACCGGGAGGACUACCAGAUGCAGUACGACGCGGUGGAGGUGCCCCGCCGCGACGCCUGGGUGGAGCGGGGCUCCCGCAGCCUCCCCGACUCCGGCCGUGCCUCCCCGUGCCACCGCGACGGCGAGUGGUUCAUCAAACUGCUGCAGGCGGAGGUGGAGAAGAUGGAGGGCUGGUGCCAGCAGAUGGAGCGGGAGGCUGAGGACUACGACCUGCCGGAGGAGAUCCUGGAGAAGAUCCGGAGCGCCGUGGGCAGCGCCCAGCUCCUCAUGUCCCAGAAGGUGCAGCAGUUUUACCGGCUCUGCCAGCAGAACAUGGAUCCCAAUGCCUUCCCAGUGCCCACCUUCCAAGACCUGGCUGGCUUCUGGGACCUGCUGCAGCUCUCCAUUGAGGACGUCAGCAUGAAGUUUGCGGAGCUCCAGCAGCUCAAGGCCAACGGGUGGAAGAUCAUCGAGCCCAAGGAGGAGAAGAAGGUGCCUCCCCCGAUACCAAAGAAGCCGCCGCGCUCCAAGGUGCACCCGGUGAAGGAGCGCUCCCUGGACUCGGUGGACCGGCAGCGGCAGGAGGCUCGCAAGCGGCUCCUGGCAGCCAAGCGCGCCGCCUCCUUCCGCCAGAACUCGGCCACCGAGAGCGCAGACAGCAUCGAGAUCUACAUCCCCGAGGCGCAGACCCGGCUGUGACAGGGGGGGGCCUCGGCUUUUCUACCCGGACUGGACGGCGCGUCCAUCGCUCACUGUGAUCGGGGGCCACGGGGACACCCUGGGGGCAGCGCUUGGCCCACUCACAGCUUCUCUCUUUUUCUAUCGUAGACGUUUCAUGGAUCCGACGGUGAAUGAACACCAACCUGGUUCUGCCCCGUCCCAUCGCCCCCGCAUGCCCCUGCCCGCCUCUGCCAGGGUCCAGGGCUCUUCCUUCCCCCUGCCCUCUUUGGGGCCGUGUCUCAGCUCUUCUGUCCCUUGCCCCCCCUCGGUCCCUGUCCCAUCCGAAGGAGAGGUGACCCCAGCCACCAGCCUUGCUGGGUGGGAGGGGAGGGGGCUGCAGGCAGGCCCCCCCCCAGCCUCUCUGUAACUCAGUGCAAUCCUGCGGCCGUGGGGACGGGCCCCUCCGAGCCCCCCAGCCCUGUGCCCAGCCGGAGCCCCGCUCCGCUCCCCGCCUCCUGCCCCGGUGCGUGGGGAACCCAGGGUCCCUGACCUAUACACGUAUAUAAAUAUAACCUAAGGAAUAAAACAGAAACUACACAA